UUGGAGCUAUUGAGCUUUAUUUCCUGGGAGUUUGUGAAAUUCUGCUGUCAGUUUAAAAUCCUUCGCUGAGCUGCCGCCUUCAAAAAAAAAAAAAAACACACAAGAUCGAGGUCACCACUCGAAUCGCAUUACGGUGUAACAAGCAUGGCAUCUCCCUCCCCUCGCUGUACCCCCAGAAAGCUGCGCAGAAUAAUGAGCAGUAAACCGGCCGGGCCAGCGGACAGGCAGGAAAGAGGGUGUCCAACUGGAACUGACAAAAGAUGGGAGGGUGUCGCCAUGGCAGCGGCCGAACCGUUUGAGUCACAUGGUCGGGGAGCUCUCUUGAAUCUGGCGAGAGGAGGCUCGGAGGAGGCUUUCUUCCCAGUUUUGGACGCCGAUGGCAGCGAAAUGAGCGGAGCCCCGAUGGCGGAGAGACUCCAUCUGAACAGGACGAUAGGUUUUGAACCACAGGACGGGGAGGUGGACGCGCCCAUGUUUGAGGUCAGAGUGUUCAACAUCGUCAUCAUCGGCCUGGUCUUGUUCGUUCUCGCCGUCGCCGGCCUGUACUGCGUCAGCAUCUGCUACAGCCGCAGCAGGCAGUCAAAGAGAGCCCUUAUUUACGAGAGCGCCGUGAGUCGUGGCGAGCCGGAAAAUCCGGUGGCGGUCAAAGCUGUGAAGCGGUCGACCAGCUUCAUCAACCCUCUGGCGUUCUUCAGGAGGCCGGAGGCUGCAAAGGACAACUCCAGGGUCUACUUCAUCUACAGCAACCCUCUGCCCGUGGGACUGAACGAGGAAGAGGAGGAGGAACACAAAAAAGCCACCAGCACCACCGGCGGUGGCGGCGGCAGACCGCAGCAGCAGACUUUGCUGACAAUGCCGCCGUCGUUACGAGAGUACGCCAGCGACCCCAGCAGCGGAUUCAUCCUGGACCCUCCCAUAUUUUACAUGCAGCUUUAAACAAUUAGAAGAAAAGAAAUGGCUAUGAAGUUAAUCUCGUCUGUAGCUUUGUCCACUAUCAGAACCUUGUAGGUUAAAAUCUUCCGUUUCAUUAACGCAGUGUAAAAAUGCAAGAGCCAGGAGAAAAGUUUUGACUUUAUGAUAACCCGGACUCAAAAUACGAGUCAUGGCCGUGUAAUUCUUAUAUUUAAAACUGAAAAAAUCCCACAACAUAUCUCCAUAAGGACAAAUGUAUUAACUUAGCUUUUCUUUUUUUCCUUUUAUCAAACAUUGAAAUGGAUAGUUGUGGUACAAUAAACAUGUUUUCCUAUCA